GGAUCACCAACUUCUCCUGAACAAGAUAUUCUGACAGCAAACUAGCGACAAGGAGGUACGACGACGAGCGCGGUAGCGAUGGACGACAUGUUAGCAUGGAGCGAUCAAGUCGGCCUCCGUCGACGUGCCCUGCGCAGAGGCGGUGGUGUCGAGGCCGUCUUCGUGGUGGUGGAGAUAGUUUUCGUCGUUAUACUCGUUUUCGUCCAGGUCGCCUCGAACAGGCGACCGCAUUCGCUGCGACGGCGUCAUCAUGAAGUACACCGUCGAGUUUACUCCGCUAUCGCUGAGCAUUCUGUCGAACGCGUCGUGAAACACUUGUUCGAGGGGCCCGCUGUCCAAGGCAUCAAGCUCGUCGGCUGUCCCGACGAGCUUUGCUUCGACCGCGAUGUCCACGAGUUUUUCCAUGAGAACACGAGCACUCGAUAAGAGCUUCCUCGUCCGGCGGUCGUUGGGGCCGAAUCGGUCGACAUCGCGACCGUGGAGGUGGCGGAACGGACCGAUGUCGUGCGCCGGGUCGCCCUUGAACCAGUGCAUCCACAUCGCCUGGCAGUUCGUGGACGGAAACUGCCAUGGCACCAUUGCGCACAUGGAUGCGUCUUGUUGACACGCACGGCCCUGCACGUCGACGCCGACUUUGUGUUUGUCCUUGAUCAGGUGCUCGUAUAUGUGUCGGUAGGGGUACAUGGGAGAUCGAUCUGGAGGUAGGACGUCUGUGAGAUGUUCCAGCGCUGCAGGGGUACUUAACACAGCAUAUGCCUGGUCGAAAAUCGCCAUGCUCUUGAAGCGCGGCAUCUCUUCCAAAUGGGCGGCGGACGGUACAAGCUGUAGACUGACCGCAAUCUCGACCAACUUUUUCAUCACUCCACGCGCCUGGGACAUUUGGACGUUGUUUCGGCCCGUGCAGAGAUCGGCCUUCUUGAGCAGACGGAAAGGGCCCAUGCGAGGCUCGGGACACCCCUGAAACCAGAACUCCCACAUGACGCGGCUCGUUGUCAUGGGGAAAAUCCACGAUUCAGGCGCACGUCGGAACGACCCGUCCUGCCACGCGAAAUGGAGGUCGGGUACCGAUAUUGUAGAAGUUUCAGGUGGUUCGGAUGUGAAAGGGAUGGCGUUCCCUUGCUUGGGGCGCUUGGCGGCGCCUGGUGGUGGGUGUUUCGGUCGUGAUGGUGCCUGGGCACGCUGGACGGCGAGACUGAUGUACGUGUCUGGCAACGUUCGCGGGUUGACAGCGCGUCCAUCUGCGUGCCGUUUUGAAGAAGAUGGAGACGU